ACCCGGGGUGGGCGCGCGGCCGAUUUAAGUGGACGGGGCCCUGAGGCGUCGCCCGCCCCGACCUUCGUCCUUUCGGCUGUCCGUCAUGGCGUCCGGCUUUCUGAUCCUCGGGCUCUCCUACUUCAUCGCCGUCCGUGGCUCCGCUGCCUUCGGCUGGUUCCUGCGCCCGGCGGCGGUGGCCGAGCCCGCCUGCCCCUGCCCCUGCCCCCGCGCCCGGCCGCUCCCUCCCUUCGAGAUGAGCGUAACUGACCCAGGGUUCGUGGCCGAGUCGCUCCGGCCGCAGUUGGACAGCUGCCAACAGGCGGUGAUAGCUGAAUUAACAUCGUCCUGCAGUGAUCUCUCAGAAGAGGAGCUUUCCAAACUUGGGGUGUCCUUGUUCAACUGCCAAGCAGCUGCCGAGCAUCGUCAAACCUACCUCUGCACAGCAGACAUGACAUUAGCAGAAUGCACAAAGGAAAUGGACCCCGACACAUGGAAUGCCUACCACAUUGUCGGCAACCGGGCCCUCUCUCUGUGCUACACUGCCCGGCAGCAGGAGUUCAGGAGGAGGACCGAGAUGACAGUGAACUCUUUAGUGGCCACAGCUUCCAGUCAGUUGGAAGUCAUGACAAUUCUGAAGGAUGGACAAAAGGAGCUGCGAGAGCUGACUGCCUCUUCAUUAGAGAAGAUUGUUCAUGGCCAAAGCACGCUGCUGCUGCAGCAAGAGCAGCUACAAGGCGGACAGCAAGACCUGGAGUCCUCCAUUAAUGGAAAUCUGGAGAGGCUGACCAAAGAAAAGGAGCUGAUUGCUAGCGGCCACCAGCAAGUCACAAAGCUGAUUGAUGGCAUCACACUAACCAUGGAAAAUGUCAGUAAACAGUUGACUCACCAGGACUUGCAGCUCCAAGGAAGUCACCAAGCAAUUCUAACUGACCUCCUGGAGGUGGGAGCACGUGCUCAUCAGAUCCACACCAAACUGGAGUCGAACCUGGUCCAGUUUGCUGCCCAGCAGUCCCAGACAGCCGUCUACUAUGACCAGUUGAUGGAUAAGCUGCAGAAGAUGAACCAGACGGUUACUGUGGUGAUGCACAUGCUCACCCACCUGGAGAAAGGAGUGAGCCAGAGACUGAUCAGCAUUCAGAGCUUCCUCACCUGGACAGGGGGAAACCAGCAUGUGAUCUACACCUCCAUUGUACACGUCAGUUACUUCCUGACCUCUGCCCUCAUCAUGGCAUUUCUGCAAACUCCAGGCUUCUCCAGAGCAGUCUUAUUGGUCUUGGUUGUGCUGAAUGCCUUGUCCGAGUUCAACCGCUGCAUCUCCUUCGACUUCAAGUGUCUCAGUCUGUUCCUGACCUUGACAGUGGUUGGUAACUGGCUGCUAGUUAAUUGCUUUGGUGCCCAGAAGAGGACGUUUUUACCAGAUCGCCCAUCUACUCCAGUCAUGUCAUCUGAGGGGCCAGGGUUUCUCACCUCCACUCCUGAGCAUAAGUGUUCAUUUUCCAGACUGGGAGAAGAACUGGAUAAACUAGAUCAUGGUGGCUUGCAAGGAAACUGCGCUUUGGAAAAUGGUGACUUUAUCAGAAGCAGGACAGUAAUAACUGCUGCUAGCAAGGCAGUGCUCCAGCCCACAGAUCAAGUGCAGUACUCCUUCAAAACCCCCCCAAGUUCAGUGCCCACUCUGAGAAAAAGACUGGGGUUGACCAACUCUGCUCGUUGGGAGGCUGCUGAGAGAAACGUUGCAGUUGAAGACCAUCGCCUCAGACAUCGUGCCCGUAUACUUGUAGCUGAAACUUUUAAUCACGAUGAUUCUGCUGCCAGCACAAGAUCUAUCUCUUGGAGACAACCGUGCAGUGGUGUUACCAGGAAUGGGCAACCUUGCCGGAAUAAAGCAGCCACAGGUCAGGAAUUCUGCAGAGUCCACAAUUUGGGACAGACUUCGUACGGUUAAGUACGUCUCCACCUGCAUCACGUGGUCAUUGAGGUAAAACUGAUAAAUCCCCAUUUCGUGGUUUAAAACUGACCAAUUACUCUAGCAGUCCAGGUUCAUGAAGUUCAUCGAUUUACAAACGUGUAUAUUGUUCAGACGUCCCUGAAUAAACCCACCAGCAGGUUGGGUCUGAACAUGUCAGCAGAAUCGUGGUUACGUGAAACCCAGGCACUGGGGAAACAGUCAACCUCCACUGGAGCAAGAUAGCUGAGAGUGGACCUUGUCUCAACACUGUCAAACCUGCAGUACAGGCAUUUUAUCACUAAUUUUUAUCCUUUUUGAGUAUCAAAUUAAAACAUGGCUGUUACUGCCUUCAGGUAAUCUGCACAGGGCAAUGUUUUGUACUUGGGGAAGGUGGAGAUUGGGCAGUAGGAACAUGUUGGUUGGCUUCUUGUUGCAAAAUUACAUUUCUCUUCCAGUGAAUUAAGAAUGUGGCUGUCAUCUGUAGAAAAUGCUAAAUGUACUGGUUUAACCCCACACAGACCAGGACCAGUUGUGUCUUCGACACAGCCAAUCGUGUUUGGCCUGUAGAAACAUCUUUACCUGUGUGCUCCAUCCUUUUUUAAUCUUUGAAGACUUGAAUCACAUAUUUGGACUCUCUUCCAAUUUGAACUGGUUUGUUUCCCUGCUACUUGGCAAUUUAUCUUUCUAUCCAGAAUUGUUCUGUUGCUUGGUGAGCUGAAACAGCACUAAGCACAGGAAAUAGGCUGCUGGCAUAGUUCCCUACCUGUCUGUCUGAGCUUGCUGAGCCGUCACUAUCCUGCUGUUCCCCUCUGACACUGCCGUUGGCUGGGUGCUCUGCUGCAUUGGAGGAGGCGGGUAACCCCAUGGGGUACCCAGGUUUCGAUUCAAGGCUCUGUGUUCAUCUGUGUAACAGAUCACCUCAGGAGAAAAUCAGCAAAAACUGUCCUAAUAACAUGCAGAGCCAAGCUGGUUUCCAACUGAUAAAUAUUUUCCUCUAAUGAGAAUCAGAAAACCCAAAUGAAAACCCAAAUGUUGGUGUCCAGGCACAUGAGCAGGUCGGCCUCGAUCGGAUUGUGUUUCCUGUGGAUGGACAUUAAAUAUUCAGUAUUGCCAAUCUAACACCAAAUUUCAAGACGCAAUUUAAGAGGUUUUUAAUCUAUCCCCAUGAGGUUUUUUAGUCUGGCAUCUUGGAAGAUCUGUAUUUCAAGAUUUCUAAUCAAAGUAUUACAGCAUUCUCACUGUGGAUUCAUAGAGCAGUUAGGUGCAGUUUCUUUGAAUAAAUAUGGGAUUGAACACCUACCUGCUGAUGGUGUCUGGAAUGAGCUGGUGCUUGGGCAUAAUCUACAGCCGAACCUGUUUGGGUUCUGUGGUCAUUAAAGAAUAUUUAGACAAGUACCACGAAUGCUUUCAUGCACCUUGUUAUCGGCCUGCUUUGUUUAAGUGUACCAUGAAAUCCCAUUUUUUAACACCUAAUUGUAAAUGUUUCACUUUUUGGUCGAACCCUGGUGAUUGUAUCUGGCCUUGUGUAAAAUGCUGUGUGAUGGGGAACUGCAACUUUAUACUUUCUGGAGGAAUCUUAGUAACUGGUCGGUUUUGGGUCUAUUCAAAUUGCACAGUUCCAUUGGGGUACUCGGCUGUGAAGUGUGAUUGGAGAUCACUUGGUCAUGCUGUACCCAGUUCAUAGGCUGCUGUAGAUUGUGGUGAAACAGGGGCUACCAUCAGGCUAGUCCUGUGUAAUGUUUUAAUUAUGUAAUAAAUGUAUAUUUUCUAACACCUUGGUUGUGGAUUUAGUUGUUCCAUCCCUCAAGUAUCUUUCAAAGUGGAUGGUGAGUGUGAUUCUUCCAUUCCUGUACAGAAAUGGGGCUUUACUGAAGGUUCGGAAUAGGCAAAGUGACAGAUGGAAUAUAGUGCAGGGAAGUGUCAUGAACAUCAGUAGAAGGAAUAAAUGUGUAGAUUAUUUUGGAUUAGGAAUGAAUGCUGACCAGGACUCCUGUGGAACUCUUCCACAUCCCCUUGUGAAUGGGUAGAAGGUGAACUCACUUGAGAUGAAGCCUUCAAUAAUGUCCCAUCUGGCAACUUGCCAAACUGUGCAGAAUGCAGGAAUGAGAGGGCGUCUCCUCCUUCACUUUAGACUCAAAGCAUUAUGGCACAGAAACAAGCUCUCCAGUCUACCUAGUCUAUGCCAAGGUUGGGGCCAUCAUUCUGCACCUGGACCACAGCCUUCCCAUGCAUGUAUUUUAACCAAACUUCCAAUGGAAGCUCAUUCUACAUUUGUACCAUUCUGAGUGAAGAAGUUCCUUGUCAGGUUCCCUUAAAUAUUUCACACCUUUCACCCUUGAUCUGUGAUCUUUACUUCUAUUCUCACCCUAACUCGGGGGAAAAUGGCCUGCUUGCAUUUACCUGAUCUUUAUCCCUUAUGAUUUUGUAUGCCUGUGAUAUAUAUACCUCUUAUGGUCUUUAUCAAAUCUCCCUCCAUUCUC